GUUUCUCCCAGACUUGAGGCCAGAGGCUGGGCGGAGGACACCUGCGAGGAAGCUGGCGUCCCUAUCUAGACGAAUGGGACGAUGCCAUGCUCUCAAUCCUGGAUGUUCGAAGCCUUCAUGAGAGUGCGACACAGGAUAGUACUGUCGUUAUCGGACAUACGUGAAAGCAGGCUUUUCCUUCAUUUGGGUGUUUGUAGUAGGGCCCUUAUGUUGGCAGGCUUUAAAUUGAUUGGUCGAUACAUAGCUUUCAAUCACACAUUGAUCAAGACCCGACUCUUCAAAAACACUCUUUUCACUCUAUUACUAGCUUUUCUGUAUCUUUCCAUCUUUUAUUACGUUACCGAUAUUUCAAAGGCAUGUCUGGACUAGCAUCCAUCAACUCUCCCCGUGUCUCGUCAAGCCCUUGCGAGCAGACACGAUUCGAGCCAUG